AUGCCAUUCUAUGCUAGAGUUUCUUUGAACUCGAAGUGCAAAAAACUACAAAUUGAAUCUUGUUUGAAAUCCAAACUCAACCCUACUCACCUGGAAGUAGUUGAUACAUCUGGAGGAUGCGGUGCAAGUUUCGUAGUUGAGAUUGUAUCAGAAGAAUUCGAAGGCAAGAGGCUACUGGAGAGGCAUCGAAUGGUGAAUGCUGCGUUGGAGGAGGAAAUGAAAGAGAUUCACGCUCUCUCUGUCAAGAAAGCUGUCACCCCAGAGCAGUGGAGACAGCUGCAGCAAGACUCCAACCAAGCAAAUCCUGCUGCCUAGGAUCAUGUCUUUUCAGUUACAAUAAUGGGGUAUAAAUAAGAAUAUUAGAGUUCUCAACAUGAACAAGGUUAGUAUAUUAGUUAUGAAUAAUGAGCAGCUUAGAAUAGAUUAGAUUAGUAGUAAGUGGUGAUGCAAAGAAUGCAGAUUAAUUAAUUAAUUGCAAUGCAUGUGUACAGGAGAAUGUAGAUGAAUGUUAUAAUGGCAUAGUGGAGGUGACAAAUAAUAAUAUAAUAAUAAUGGAGGUAGGGGGAAGAAGAGAAAGUAUGAGGAAAUCCCUGGUAGCCCAAGUGGCGUAAUUGAUGUAGUGUUCAGCUCUGAUGAUGGUUCCAAUGAUUCUUGGGAAGGUUUUGAAAAAGAUAUUUAUCUUUGUCUAUCAGUUUGAAUAGAUGGUUACAUAUAUAUAUUCUCUGAUCCUGAGAUUUAUAUUAAGAGUGGGUUUGGUUUAUAUUGAUUCUAAAGCACAUUGUGUUUGGUACAUUCAAGCUUCUUUGUUGUGCCCCCUUUGAAUUUAUUGUCUCUAAUGUCAUUGAUUUUAUGUGAUUUUGUCCUUAUGGGGAGGGAAAGAAUUUAGGUAAAUUUCAUUUAUAUGACUGUAACCAAAUCCUCACUUAUUCACAAGUUUAGGAAAUUGAAAUGUUCUGUUUUAUGUUUUAAGAUUCAUGACGAUCUUGAUUCUGGAAAACCCUCUACAAGGCUGCCAUAUGUGACUCCAGAGUUGAUAGCAACAGCGGGGUUUAUGCCAAAGCUGAAAAAGAUUUAUGCUAGGGGGCUGCUAAGUCUCAUUGCCAUAGAUGAGGCACAUUGCAUCUCAAGUUGGGGCCAUGAUUUCAGGUUUGUCAUAUAUUCUGCUAUAGGAAAUUGGAGUUUGUAAUGCUAGAAUUUCAUGUUUAUGUCAUUGGGUAAUAUGUUUCAUCUGCUUAGGUGAUAAGUUCUAUGCGCUACUGCAUUUCCUGAUUGGAUCCAGUUAUCUCAUUUUCUCUGUUCACAAUUCCACAUGCAUAUAUGAACAAUUUGAAAUUUAUCUCCAAAUGCUAAAUUAAGAAAUUGAUUCUGGCAAUACUAAAUUGUGCUUUAAUGGAAAUAGUGUUGAAUACCAUAGUAUCUUGUAAUUUCUAUGUAUAU